AUGUCUGACGUUGAUGAUUUGUUUGACUAUGAUGUUGGACUGGACGAAGUCUUAAAGAACUUGCCAACUGUUCAGAAUAACGAUGCCUCGAAUGCUUCGAAAGAUAUUGACUUGCCUGAUUCCGGCGCAGUGUUAGGUCUAGACGCAGACUUGAAGGUCACCAAGCAAAGAGCACCAGUGGCUAAACUUGAUGCAGCUCGUCUCCUCUCACAGAAUGGCAUUCCUAAAUUGCGAAAGAACGCAAGGUCUAAAUUGAGACUUAAAGGCAAAGGCCACGAAUUCUCCGACCUAGGUCGCCUCCUCAAUUUCUAUCAGCUUUGGCUGGAUGAUCUAUACCCACGGGCCAAAUUCGCAGAUGGCCUUGCUAUGAUCGAAAAAUUGGGGCACACUAAGCGUGUUCAGAUUAUGCGUAAAGAAUGGAUCGAUGAAGACAAACCUGAUCUCAAAACCUAUACAUCCCCGUCACAAACUAGUUCCAACGAACCUGAAAACACGCGAAAAGAGGAUGGACCAGGAAAUGAUAUCGAUGACCUUUUAGCUGAAUUGGAGGGCCCAGAAGACCCUAACGCGUUAUGA